AAAGAAACGCAAAACACAUUGAUGAAAGCAUGAAAAAAACACAUAGGGAUGAAAGCAGUGAACGGGAAAAAAUCACAUAGGGAUGAAAGCGGUGAAUGGUUAAUUCGGUUCGGUUCCCGGUGAACCAAGGGAACUGAACCUGAUAAACAUUCAGAUGAUUAAGGGCCUAACUAGGCACACAAGCCCUAGGGCACACCCCCGAACCCCCACUGCAUCUUUUCUCCCACUCCUCAUUCCUCCAUGACUCCCUUGUCCCCUCUGCUCCCAGCGCCACCAGAGCUCCAGGCUCCUGCGCCACCUCCCCCUUCGGCCGCUGCUCCCCUCCUCUGCCCCUGUCGUCAUCUCCACCGGGGAACUCUCCUCCUCGGCUCCCGCCGUCAGCUCCUCCGCCGCUCCCCUCCUCUACUUCCGCGGGCAGGCGCGAGCGGCGGCACUUGGAGGCGGCUGAGGCGGCGAGUGGAGGGCGGGAUUUGAGGAGCUGGAGCGGCAUGAGGGCCCCAUGGCGCGCGAAGAGCUGGAGGCCUGGAGCAGCACGAGCGCCCCGCCGAACGUGGCGGCGGGGGGUUCGGACGCGCGGUGUGAGGCCCCGCGGUGGCACGCGUUAUAUAAGAAAGAUUUUGAGCUAUUUACUUAUAUCAUUGUUGUUGAGGAAAUGUUUGAAGUGGCCAUAUAUUGCGGUGUUCCGUUCUAAGUUCCCGAUUCCCGGUCAUGUCCCCGAUCCAAAUAUUCCGUUCCCAAUAUCCCAUAAUAUCGAUUUCGUUUUCUCAUUCCCGACCAAGAAAUAUGGUUGCGGGGAUGGUUAACGGGUUUUCCGGACCGUUUUCAUCCCUAAAAACACACGCACUGAUCUCAUUGAAAUUCAUUCACACAUUAACUCCCAAAAUAAUUUGGAGAAACUACCCCGUGCAGCACUCUAUACUUAGAUGAUAAGCGACUUUGCCAAUUAUAGGUUGUUAAGAUGCUGAUACAAAAUCUCUCUCCUCGACUCUUCCUCUCAACCAAAGCCACUCGUCUUGAGCAGCUAUGUGAGCAUUUUUAGCAUUUCCUUCUUUGUCGCCUAUGUCCUCGCUCCUCUUCCACCACCUGUCUCGACUAUCUAAAAAUUUGAUGACUAUUUUUUAACGCAGAUGGAGCUAAAUUUUAGAUCAAAAUUCCCCCAUUACAUUGCAACAACUGCACAUAAAAAUUCUAAUGUUCUCUUUUCUUGGGAUUUACACACACUGAUUUUGUACUUCAACUAAGAUUGCUUCUGAAAUGCAGUUUCUGCAUGGACAAUCAUGUAUAGGCUUACACCAUUAGUUGGGAUCAUAGUGGGAGCAAUCGAUUCCUUUCUUCUCUUAGUUGUAAUGGAUUCAGCGAGGAGCUGGUUCACCAAGCUCCAAACGAGGGAGAAAUCCAUUGGCAAGAAGAAGGAAUUGCCUCCCAAUGGCAAGGAAUCAGGUGAUGAUGCACCAUCCAGCGCAACCAAGCAGAGGGUUGCCGCUGCCAAGCUUUACAUUGAGAAACACUACAAGGAGCAAAUGAAGCAUCUGCAGGACAGGAAAGAAAGACGGUGUAGUCUAGAAAAGAAAUUAGCAGAUGCCGAUGUGUCUGAGGAGGUGAACAACAUCUUGAAGCAAUUUGAGAAGAAAGAGACAGAGUACAUGCGUUUGCAAAGGCAUAAAAUGAGCGUUGAUGAUUUUGACUUGUUAACAAUGAUAGGCAAGGGAGCAUUUGGUGAGGUCAGAGUCUGCAAAGAGAAGUCCACAGGAAAUGUUUAUGCAAUGAAGAAGCUUAAAAAGUCGGAAAUGCUUCGUCGAGGUCAGGUUGAGCAUGUCAGAGCUGAAAGAAAUCUUCUUGCUGAAGUGGAUCACCAUUGUAUUGUCAAACUAUACUGCUCGUUCCAGGAUAGUGAGUAUCUGUACCUGAUCAUGGAGUACCUCCCCGGAGGUGACAUGAUGACACUGCUCAUGAGGAAAGACACACUGACUGAAGAUGAGGCUAGGUUCUAUGUUGGUGAGACAGUUCUUGCGAUCGAAGCGAUCCACAAGCACAACUACAUCCAUAGAGAUAUCAAGCCUGAUAACCUACUACUGGAUAAGUAUGGUCACUUGAGACUGUCAGAUUUUGGGUUAUGCAAACCGCUAGACUAUUCCAACUUCCCAGAUCUGAAUGAAAAGGAUGUUACACCUACAAAAUCAUCAACACAAGAUGGGAAACAACAGUCGAUGCCAAAGCGCUCGCAGCAAGAACAGUUGGAGCACUGGCAAAAGAAUAGAAGAACUUUGGCAUAUUCAACUGUUGGUACACCGGACUACAUUGCUCCAGAAGUUCUUCUGAAGAAAGGGUAUGGGAUGGAGUGUGAUUGGUGGUCUCUUGGUGCUAUCAUGUAUGAGAUGCUAGUGGGCUAUCCUCCAUUUUAUUCAGAUGAGCCUAUGACAACUUGUAGAAAGAUAGUGAACUGGAGAACACAUUUGAAGUUUCCUGAAGAAGCGAGACUAACAGCGGAUGCAAAAGAUCUUAUAAGUAAACUACUAUGCAAUGUCGAUCAACGCCUCGGUACAAAAGGGGCAGAGGAAAUAAAGGAGCACUCCUGGUUUAGCGAAUUACAAUGGGAUAAACUAUACGAAACGGAAGCUGCAUAUCUGCCUCAAGUAACAGAUGAGUUGGACACGCAGAACUUUGAGAAAUUUGAAGAGUCCUCGGAUAGUGUCCAGUGUUUAGCAAAGGCGGGCCCUUGGAGAAAGAUGCUUUCUUCAAAGGAUUUGAAUUUCGUGGGUUACACCUACAAGAACUUUGAACUUGUGAACGAUCAUGAUGUCCCUGGCAUGGCUGAGCUGAAGAAGAAGGAGAAGGCAAAGAGACCAAGCGUCAAGUCUCUCUUCGAUUCGCCUGAAGGGGAGGAGAAGAACAACCAGGAGCAGGGCUCGGAGCAGCAGCGCGACGAGGCCGCCGCCGAAGGAAGCAUGGGGAAACCGGCGGUGGAGCCCGAGCUGACUAGAACCCUCAGCUCAGCGUCCACAUGAAUGUGUAGCUUCUACUAGCACCACGCCCUGUUAGACAUGUACAGGAGCAACUCCCUUCACUGCGUCGAUAGUUUUCUAGUGGCAUGCCAGGAGGAGAGGGAAAAGCGUGGUGUGUUGUUUGGUUGUUGAUUGCACUGGUGAUCCUGCCUGCGUGCUGGGAAUAAGUGAUUCAGAUUUUAGAGUGCCCGUGCAAAAAUGUGUACUCAACGACAGUUGCGGAA